GAACACAUCAGAUUGAGUGAUGUGAAACUUUUGAUGUCAUCCGUCUGCUCCUUGGACUGGAUGGUGCAAGAAAGACUGCCUCGAUGGGGCGCAGAAAAAACAAAUGGUCGGCGAGAUUGUGGAGUGUCAUUGCGUCUGUAGCCACCCUUUUCAUAGCAAAAUCGGGUGUGUCAAGCACUGCAACAACAACAUCUGCGGAAAAUGUGAAAACACCAUGCAAAAUCCCGCAAGAUUAUUCAAACCUGAUGCUUGUGAGCACGCUAGAUGGUAAGAUGUCUGCCCUGGAUCUAAAUCAGAAGGGGUCGAUGGCCUGGAGCAUUAACACUGGCAGUCAGCCUCUUCUUUCCUCCAGUAUCAGUAAACUUGGGAUCAUGAGAAAUGGGGAGCGAACUCGGUUGAUCCCAUCAUUGGAUGGAGGCCUGUAUCAAUAUAAUGGAGAGAGUAUUGAGGCUGUUCCUUUCACAGCUGAGACUUUGCUCAGUUCUUCUUUCAAGCUGAGCGAAAACACUGUUGUUGUUGGUGGAAAAGAACUCUGCACAUAUGGACUGGAAAAACAAACAGGACAGACUCGGUACAGGUGCACUGUACAAGGCUGUACCCUGGUGGGGAAUAAGGAAGUCUCUGAGGAAGAGGAUAUUCUAAUGAUAACCAGGAACACUCACACUGUCAGAGCUGUGGACUCCCGGACUGGGGCAGAGAGGUGGAAUUUUAGCGUAGGCCAGCAUGAAGUUCACCUGUUUGAAGGUGUGAAGAAGGUGAUACAGACAGACACAUCUGAGGAAGAAGAUGAUGAUGGAAUCUCCAUAGUGACAUGUCAGCAUUCAGGUGAGGAAGAUCCACCAGUUCAGCAGACAGAAUUUGAAGGAGUUCUGAAGGUGAUAGUACCACGGGGCAUGGUGGUGGCUGUCAGUAAAACUGAUUCAGAGCAGGUCCUUUGGAAACGAGAGUUCCCCUCUCCCAUUGCCAAUGCCUGGACAGUAAGCAAAGGGAAGUUGGAGCCGGUGAAUCUGUUCAGUGAGCAAAUCAUCCCAGCUCUGACCGGAUCUGCUGAAUCAGAGACUGUUAACCUACCUCCUGAACCUCUGCUUUAUGUGGGUAUCCACCAGGACCAGAUGUAUGUGCAGCCCUCAGUCAAGAUGAAGGAUAUGGUAUCCGAGGCAUCGGCCGGAUCAUAUCCGGGCAGGAAUGGUAACAGUGAUACUAACAGCGGUGUGGCGGUGCGUGUGCCCCGUGUCUCAUGGAAGCCUUACCUGGCCACAGCCCCAUCACGAACACCAGCCCUGCGUGUAGGCUUUGAGCGGGCGAGCCUUCCUCUCCUUGGGGAAGAGGAUUCUGUGAUUGGCGAAUCAGAUUCCAGCGCUAUGUCUGUGUGGCAGGAUAUGUACCCUUACGAUGGUGGGUGUUACCUGUACCCAGACUUUACGCCUGUGUUACCACUAGAGGGAGCUGAAGAUGCAGGCUUGCACAAUAAUGGUUCAGUGAUGGAUGAAGGCAUGGAUACCAUUUCUGUGACACUAUGGAAUUGGUGGAGAGAAGUGGUUGCCAUCACUGUGGUGACAGCUGUAGUUGUUCACCUGCUUACCUACAAAUACUCCCAGAGAGGUCUUACUCACCAAGUCUCCGUCUCAGAUAGCCAGGGCACGGACAAAUCAUCAGAGAGUAAGUCGGUUGACGAUCAGUCAGCAAAGAUGAAGGAGUUGGAGGAUAAAAGUACGGAAUAUACUUCCAGGUAUUACACAGACUUUGAACAUGUUCGCUGUCUGGGUAAAGGCGGCUUCGGGAUUGUGUUUGAGGCUAUGAACAAGAUGGAUGAGUGCCCAUAUGCAGUGAAAAGAAUUUCCCUUACUAAUAGUGACACAGCCAAAGAGAAGGUGAUGAGAGAGGUGAAGGCAUUGGCCAAGCUUGAUCAUGGAGGUAUAGUGAGAUAUUACCAGGCCUGGUUAGAGUCUCCACCUAUAGGCUGGCAGGAGAAGAGGGACAGAGCUAUGGAGGACAGUGAGUGCCUGACUCCAACGCCGUGUAACUCUGGUAAUGACCUUCAUACAGAUGUCUUUACUCCACCUUAUGUCAAUCCAUUCUCAUCAUGCAGUCCUUCACACAGGGUGGACAUUUCCUCAGACGUCUCCACAACGCGCGAAAGUGAAAAUGAUAGUGAAGGAUUUGUUCCUAAAGUGAACUUCUCAGAUGAUGAUGAAAGCGGGUCUUUCAGUCUGGGUAUACCCACUCCAGUCAGACACACCCUUUGGUCUCAUGAUGACUCCAUUGAAGUCGUGUUUUCGAACUCUACCCCAGGGGAUACAGGAGACUCGGACAUGGGUGCUGGUGAUGGCAUGAAGUUAUUCCAUCAUCAGGAGGAUACAAAUGACACCUGUAGUAUUGUGUUUGAGGAUUCAGGGUGUGGGGAUGGACAUCAUGGGAUAGACAAAGGCUCCAGUCUAUUUAAGAACUGUACUAACAGUGACCAGAAACUGUCCUCUGCUGUGGUUUCCAGUCAGUCAGAGGAUCUCCGUAAUUCCAAUCGAAAUAAAUCCAAGCAUUUUGGUGCUCCUAGACUUUAUCUGUUCAUUCAGAUGCAGCUGUGUCAAAGAGAGACACUCAAAGAUUGGUUGAUGGCAAACACUUUGAAUCGUGACCGACACAUGCUACUGGAUAUAUUUGACCAGAUUGUUACUGCUGUGCAGUAUGUACAUGACUGUGGACUGAUGCACAGAGAUCUCAAGCCAUCUAACAUAUUUUUCUCAACGGAUGGAGUGGUGAAGGUUGGUGAUUUUGGUCUUGUUACCGCCCUGUCAGAGCAGGAAGACAGCAGUGAGCAGAGGUUGACCAGGCAGAAGUCUGGGGACAACCACACAGCUCAAGUCGGCACACAUAUCUACAUGAGCCCAGAACAGAGGGCUGGAAAAAGUUAUGACCAGAAAGUGGACAUCUAUUCGCUGGGAGUGAUUCUAUUUGAGCUGCUUUUCCCAUUUGCCACACAGAUGGAGAGAAUCCGCACUCUUCAGGAUGUCACUCAACAUAAGUCUCCAGAGAGGUUCAAAAGGGAAAUGCCUAAAGAGCAUGACUUUGUUGUCUGGUUGCUGGACCACGACCCUGACAAGAGACCAACUGCCAAAGAUAUUCUGGAGAGUUCAUUGUUGGAGGACUUUGCUGUUCGUCACAACUUUCCCAAGCGUCUGCGUACUAGGACCAUUUCUUGUGAGAGUAAUGGCUCUCUAUGAUUUUUAUUU